AUGGCGGUCACGGCGUUGGAUUCAGAAAUCACUAAAAGUGAUAAAUAUUCAAUAUUACUGCCUACUUAUAACGAAAGAGAGAAUCUGCCUAUUAUAAUAUGGCUUAUAAUGAAAUAUUUAGAUAAUAGUGGAUACGAUUAUGAAGUUAUUAUUAUUGACGAUGGAAGUCCAGAUGGUACCCUGGAGGUUGCAAAACAGUUACAAAAACUUUAUGGUUCAAGCAAAAUUGUACUUAGGCCAAGAGAAAAGAAGCUAGGGUUAGGGACAGCUUAUAUACAUGGAAUACGACAUGCAACCGGCAACUUUAUCAUAAUCAUGGAUGCUGAUUUAAGCCACCAUCCAAAAUUUAUACCAAAGUUUAUAGAACUUCAAAGGCAGCAUGAUUUUGACUUGGUUUCGGGAACAAGAUACAAAGAUGGCGGUGGUGUUCAUGGUUGGGAUUUCAAAAGGAAACUUAUAUCUAGGGGUGCAAAUUUUAUAACACAGCUGUUACUUAGACCAGGAGCUUCAGAUUUAACUGGAUCUUUCAGAUUAUACAAGAAAGAUGUAUUGCUGAAGCUGAUAGACAGCUGCGUAUCCAAAGGCUAUGUCUUCCAAAUGGAAAUGAUAAUAAGGGCCAGACAACUGGAAUAUACCAUUGGAGAAGUGCCAAUCACAUUUGUGGACCGCGUGUAUGGGGAAUCUAAACUCGGUGGUUCGGAAAUCAUUCAGUUCGCGAAAGCGCUAUUGUACCUUUUUGCAACUACAUAA